UAUGAUGCUGUAGUUAUCAUAGAUAAUAACGAUUUAAUAUCGGUAUUACUUUAGAUAUUGAGAUUGUUUUAAACAAAACACAAGUGUGUGGUUACCAAAGUACCUGAAUUAUGGCAUUUUCAAUUGGAAGUGAUUUCAGUGCCUCAUUUACACAGGACUCAGAUGAAGUUAAAGAAAUGUUCUGUGAGGUUUGUGAUAAACAUGACAAGCAAUAUGCUCCUGCUGAAGGAUUUUGUGAGGAAUGUUUUGAGUACUUGUGUGGGACUUGCAUAAAGUACCAUAAAAUAUACAUAAAAUCCCAUACCAUCAAAGAUAAUGAUAAUAUGCCACAGGAUUUCUGUCUACAGAAAUGUUCUGUUCAUCAAGAUAAAUUAGUCAAGUUCUAUUGUCAAGAUUGUAAGAAAUUUGCCUGUACUGAAUGCAAGACUCAAGACCAUGGGAAUUGUAGUAUGGUUAGUCAUUUACCAACUCUUGUCCCAGGAAUUGAAAACAGCAAAGAAAUUAAAGAACUUACUGAAAAUCUUGAUACGUUUAUGAAAGAUUUGGAAAAUACAGAAAAACAUGUGAACAUAAACAUGAAAUGUGUUGCUUCACAAGAAACAGUGACUUUAGAUAAAGUUAUGAAAAAAAAGAAAGAAAUAUUAUCAGUGUUUGAUAAACAUCAGAAAAAAGUAAUUCAAGACUUUGACAAAAAGAUAGAAGAAACCUUAAAAAGACUUAAACAACAGAAAAAAGAGAAGAUUGAAAAAUUACAAGAACAUCAAAGGAAAUUAGAAAAGUUAUUAAAUGAUGAGGAGAAUGAAAUAAAGAAGAAAAUUCAAACCAUGAAAAAGAAUGACGAGAAAAAUUUUGCAGGCAAUCACAGAGAAAACCUUUAAAAUGAAAAU